UUCUGUUUGAGCAAAAAUUUUGUAUUUUUCUCGUUGUUGUUUCUUUUAAUCAAGAAAAAAAAGUAUCAAAAUUUUUUGGAAUCCGCGGAAUCCAUUUUGAUGACACUUGUUGUUGUCGUUGCUCAGCAUAUUUGUAAACUUGCCACACAUUUCACUUGCAACAAAUGUUUUUUUUUGUUUCUGUUGAAAAAAGACAAUAAAGUGAAUCUAUACUGAAAAUGCAUUUGAAACCAGAUGAAACAUCAUCAACAACAACAAAUCAUACAAACAACAACAACAACAACAACAAUGUGAAUAAUAAUAAUGGUAAUGUUGCUAUUGUUCGUGUUGAUACAGCAGCUGAUGAAGGUUUAGAUGAAUUGUUUAAAGCGGUAAUGAGUCCAAAUAAUGGUCAAUCAAGAUUACCACAACAAGUACCGAUGCGACAACGUCGUUUACCACCAUCAUUUUUUCGUCCACCAUCAGCUGCAUCAUCAAAUAAUUCAUUAACAUCAAUGGGUAAUCAUUCAAGAGAAUCAUCAUUAGAUGAUGGUGGUUAUCAAUCACAAGGACCAAGUUUAAAUGGUGAAAAUAAAAUUCAUAAUACACCAUUGAUUGGUUAUAAUCAAUUAGCAAAUGGUUUGGCUAUCAUUCAUCCAAGAGCUAAUUCAUCACCAGCUGCAUUACCAUUGAAUAUUGGUUCAUCAACGACUGCAACCAAUUCUUCAAGUAACGCAUCGUUAAAUCAUACACAAGGUACAUUUGGUGGUUCAAAUGAUUUAGCAAAAUCAUCAAACAAUUCAGCUGCAACAACAACAACACAUUAUCGACAAAUGAGUUAUGAUCUUGAUCAAAUGCGAUUACCAGAUGGUUGGGAAAUGUCCUAUACAGCAACGGGUGAACGUUAUUUUCUUAAUCAUAAAGAAAAAACAACAACAUGGGAAGAUCCUAGGAAAAAAAUUGUCGAAGAAAUGUUACGUCGAUCUACUCCACCACCACCGGUACCACCAUCGGUGGCAUCACAGCCUUCACAAUCAUCAUCCGUAGCAGCCGCAACACAGCAACCAAUUAUUCAAUCAAUAACGACAGCCAUUCCUUUACAAGCAACAACAAAUCCGACAACUACACCAAUAACACCAUCAGUGGUAGAACAAGAACAUCAUCUUUCCUAUAUUGAUCCAUUAAUUGUUCCAUUACCGGAUGGUUGGGAACAAGCACAAACAUCAUCCGGUGACAUUUAUUUUAUUAGUCACAUUGAUCAAACAACAACAUGGUUUCAUCCAAGUAUACCAAGAAAUCUACAAAUGAAACGUAUACAACAACAACAAAAUUGUUCUAUUCAACCACCACCAUUUCAAAAUUUAAUAACAACAACAACAAAUAUACCAACAGAAUUGGUUGUUGCAUUAAAAAAUAUGAAUACAUCAUGUCAGGCUACACCAACACCAGUAUCAACAUUAAUACCACCAACGGUAAAUGCGAUUACAAAUCAAACAACAACAUCGACACAGAAUCAACAUUUACGUGAUCUUGAAUUAGAACGUGAACGUAUGAAACAACGACAAGAAGAAUUAUUACAAAGUUCAUUAUUGAAUAGUGUAACAGCAUCGAAUAUAAUGUUAUCAUCAUCAUCUUCGUCGAAUGAUAAUGCUAUUUCAACACAAUCACCAUUUUUAUCAUUACAAAAUGAAUGUCAUUCUCGACAAGAAAGUAUUGAUUCUGGUUUGGAUAUUGGAAAUUCAAGUAAUUUUUCAAUGACAUCAUCAUCAUCAUCUACGGCACAUACACCGGAUAAUUUUCUUCGUAUGUCAACAACAACAACCGGUAAUAAUAUUACGGCAGCAUCCGCAUCGGCUAUAUCAACAUCGAUUGCUGCUCAAACAAACAACAAUACAGCAACAACCAUAUCAGAUGAUUUACCAUUUGAAAAUAUGCAAAUAUCUAGUUUGGAUUUAGAUUCAGAAUCAAUGGAUUUUAUGCAAGGUCUUGAUAUGGAUCUUUUAUCCAAUGUUGAAGAAUUAUUAAAUUCAAAUAAAGAUAAUAUUAUGACAUGGCUUUAAAAAAAGGCACACACAUCAUUACAUACAUUUCACAUGUUAUUUUCCCAAAAUGAUAACAUGAUGUUAAUGU